GUGCGCGUGAAAUUAGCUGCGAAAAGUCGGCGGAGAGAAAAUAAAACUAAUUUAUAUUAAUAUAUAUAUAAAUAUAUAUAUAUCAACAAUAUACGAUACGGUUUUUUAAUUAUUGUGAAAUUGUGGCCAUUUUAUGCGAUUUCAAACGCAAUUAAAUAGAAAGAGCCAACAACACGCUCAACCGGUUUUAAUUAUAUGUAAUUUUCUCAUCGCGUUUACGUCGAAUGAAACGUGUGGCGACAAAUUAAUAUUAACAAAAUACAAAAUAAACAAUGUAAAAAUGUGUAGCAGCCAGAUUUGUGUUUAUUUUCCAGCAUUGCUAGAAAAAUGAAUAAAUAGAUAAAAGCCCAGCUAAGUUCGAAAAUCAAGCAUCACAAAACGAUAAGAAUACUAUUAUCCAGCAAUCAUAAACCAAUCAAAUACAAUAACAACAUAUAAAAAAAAGAGCGUAAUAAAACAAAAACCAAAACAACCAUGGUCUACUCCAUAAAGAACAGCGAAACUGGUGAGUUUGAGUACUUCUACACCGAUUCAGCACGCGUCAAACAGCCCAAGUACGAUGAGGAGACCGGCGAACCAGUCAACGAUCAAAUGAAAGUGCGAUAUCGAAAGCAUGGAAACUUCCAUGUGCCCAAGCACUAUUUGCGUGGCACCAUCUGCGAUGAGGUGGAUCAUGUGCUGGCCAACAAACACCAUGUCCACGAGGACAUCUCGGCCAAGCAUUUGGUUGGCCAGGAAACCAUAAGUCAGGUGUCUGAAUUGAAGAAAAUCACGCCCGGCUACGAGCGCGAGGAUUACAUCAAAAUGGACGGCGUUAGCAGCAACAUUAUAUUGGGCUAUGAGCGCCAGAAUUCCUUCCUGAUCUUCUUGAUACCCACAUUGUUCAGCUGGAACAUCUUUUUGUGGGCACUGCUGUCCGUUUUGGAGAUUUUUCUGCACAUGUUGUCGCAUUACAAGAACUCUCUGACCAUGCAGAAGAACAUUUACUUUCGCAGUCCACUCCACCUCCUCACCUCGCAGUACUGUGCGAUCUGUCGCAACGAGACCGGCAGCAAAUACAAUCGCACCUUUGAUAUUCUCAACAAACAAAUGCGCCUUGCACACCAAUCGGAUGCAUUGAAGAACAUGGCCAAGGCCAUCGGAUGAGUGACGGUGCGGGGGGAGGGGGGCACGAUUAACAGAAUUGUAAAACAAUUGACUUUAAUGGUAAUAAAAUCGAUUAUUGUUUCACGUUUAAUAACAACAAUAAAUGCACACAUAUAUCACCUCA